GAUUGAACACCAUUGUCGUGUUUUUGUGUGGCUGUGAAGAUUUUUUAUAAUUGUGAAGCAUCGAGUUCUUUGAGCGGUUUUACUUUCGGAGGCGAUUGGGGGUGUAGGCUGGAAUUUGAAGGUGCUUGUGGAAGUGCAAAUGCAAUAGUGCCGCGACUGAAGAUGCUACAAUGUCCAGAAGUCGUGAUGAAAAUGAGCAGCUGAACUACGUGAUAACAAUUGCUUUUUUUGUCAUCGAUUGGUCGUCCAACACUCACAUUUUUGAAAUACCACUCACAACUAGUCCUUGGAGGGACUUUCCAGAACGACUACUUUGGGAUUGUCAACAAGCUCCUGGUAUUGGGUCUUAACGUUGUUUUAUAUCAUAUCAUAGUUUGGAUCUACAUCGAAACUGCUAAUAACCUGGCUCAAAACAAAAAAAAAAAUGAUUUGAAAGAACCAUGACACAGACUACUCUAUGUCGCCUCUGUGUUAAUAAUUGCAAUCAUUAUAAAAUGCUGUUCGAUGAGAAGGGUCAGAACAAUGAAAUAUAUGAAACUACAGUGAAAUAUUUCGAUCCGAUGCUUCUGAGCCUGGAGCAAGAAAAACAGCCGGUUAUAUGCGAGGUGUGCUGGCAACAUAUUGAUGAUUUCAAUAUCUUUCAGAAGUCGGUAAUACUUGCACAGACAAAGUUAAGUGAAUACGCCACAAAAACAGAGGCUAUUGUGAAGACCGAAGAUGAUUCUUGUUUUGAACCACCCGUAUCGGACAUACCGGAUCUUGCAGAACAUAUUGUAGAUCCCGUUGGUGAAUGUGAAGAUAGAACCCUUACCAACGCUAAUAUUGAUGAGGAUAAAAACGAUUUCAUGGGGUUUUCAGCUGAAUUCGAAAUACUUGAUGGACGUAGCGAUUUGCAGUUUAGUUCAGAGGAUGAAAAACCUUUAUUGGAAUGUUUGAAAACGCGAAACAAAAAAGUUCCCAAGAUGUCUACUCGCAAGAAGAGGGAAAAACCUACAGGAAACCAAGCUGGCAUUAAAAUUCCCAAAAAACGUGACAGGAAAUCUAAAGCAGAAUCAUUAAAGAGUACAAAGUCUUCCAAUAAGGAAAGAAAGGAAAAAGUAUCAAAUGAAAGUGUGGAGAGCAUAAACGAUAAUCUCCUCAAAGAUUUGAAGUUGGAGGAUUCAACAUGUUCAAACGAAGAAAUGGUGAGAAGCUACUCGAUACUAGUUUUGGAAAGAGAACAUCGAAAGAAAUCGAUGAAUUCAUAGCCCAAUGGAAGCAAGAUUUAGAUUGCUACCUAUGCAGUGGAACUGCACCGAGUAUGUUUGCACUGAGACAACAUUUUCGAAAGGAACACCAUAAUAAAAGAUGCUACGUUCUUUGCUGCCAACGUAAACUCAGUCGUCGACAUCAAUUGGAAGAACACAUUCGAGUGCACGUCGAUCCUGGAGCCUUUAAAUGCCAACUUUGUGGAAAAUGCUGCACCAAUAAAAGAACUUUAAGCAAUCAUAUGUACGAGCAUCAUACACAACAAGGACCGGAACGUUCCUUUGAAUGUCCAAUAUGUCAGAAACGUUUUGCAAAGAAACCUGUAUGGAAGAGGCAUAUGGAAAUUCACGAACCCAAUAAAGAUCAUGUUUGCAAAGAAUGCGGCAAAGGUUUUCCAACGGAACAAAGACGGAUUGUUCACCAGCACAUGGUACAUAACGUUGAACGUGUGUGUGACCAAUGCGGCAAAAUUUUUUGUGGCAUUUACACCCUUCGCCAACAUCUACUGGAACAUGCAGGUGUGGAGCGACGUAAGUGGCCAUGUGAUCAGUGCACUGCCCAGCUCAAUACACACACCAGUCUAAAGCGCCAUAAACAGGUGGCUCAUAACGACCGCAGUACAGUAUACAUUUGUAGCGAAUGCGGAAAAGUUGCAUCAUCCUCUAUAACUCUGCUCAGUCAUAAGAAAUAUGUCCAUAAAGCACCUCGAAAAUUCAAAUGCACAAUAUGUGAAAAGGCGUUUAAGACCAAUCUUGCACUACCCGAGAAUAUGGCGAGUCAUACAGGAGAAGAUCUUUACACCUGUCCACAUUGUCCGAAAACAUUUAAAGUUAGCUCCAAUAUGCAUCAUCAUCGAAAAAAGGCCCACCCAAUUGAGUGGGCAGAAGCCAGACUAAAGAAACCCAUGACUGCAAGUAUAGAUAUGAAACAGGAAACAGGAAAUUGUUAUGUGAAAUACAUGUACGAGUACAUACAAAGUAAAAAAAUAAAAAUAAAAUUUAACACACGCGACCUUUUGCUUUCUAGACCAGAUCUACCAAUAAAUAGUUCAUCCAAGGUCCAAAUUCGCAAGAUUUUAAAUAAAUAAGUUUCCAAAAAUUGGUUGUUAUUGUGGCCAGUACAUACUUGCAUGGGUUGUCAAGUUUUUGUUGUCCCCCGCCGAUCGCUUGGACAACGCAUACAACUUGGUUGUUAUUGAAGCCACAUCUGCAUGUGAAGGUUUUAAGCACGUUCCGGACCAUACGACCGAUCGCCGCGGAACAUGUUGUUGUUGUUGCUAUAGCCACAUUCUCAGGUGAAGGUGGCGAUCCUCGUCAAGCUCCUGUAGGUGAGCAAACUCGUUCCGGUCCAAAGGACCGAUCGCCGCUGGAACGGGGUGGCCAUUUAUCCCGUUCCAGGCCGCGGAAACAUGAUGGCCUUUAGUUAUUUAGAGGCGCCAAUAACUUGCAUUAACAUAUCGAGUAUCAUAGUUACUCAGUAUUUAAGCAAGAGCCGGUACCGCCCGGCCUCUAACUAUUGUAGAAUUAAAAGUAAACACACAGUAAUGCAAACAAUACUAAAUUUUUUUGAAUAAUUAUAGUAAGAGUUGACUCUUAUAUAAGUAAAAUAUAAAAAUCGAUAUUAUAAAUCAAGCAUA